UGGGAUGGACAGAUGGAGAGUUCGCAGACAUGGUCGUCACGGUGACUGAGAUGAACCUGUCUGGACCUUUUUUGAAUCGUUUCUGAUUUUUAGAGACUCUGAUGAAAACAAUCAAAUAAUGAAGUGAAGAAACGGAGGAUGAUUUAAAGCACGUCAGCGCUGAUGGAAGAGCAUCGAAGGAGCGGGUCAGAGAGGAGACAAGUUCAGACACCAGCUGAUCAGGGUACACAUUUCUGGUGGAGUUCUGUUGGUCCUGAAACAUAAAAAGAGCCUGCUAAUGAUAAAAAGCCGAAAUGAGGCGACCGGUAGAAGUAUCAGAGGAUCUUUAAUGCCGAGCAACUGGAAAAUUGUCACGUUAAUGAUGGAAGUCACCAAAAACAAAUGUUCUCUUCAUGUCAAGUUUUUCUCCAAGAAUUCGCCGUCGAAGGAUUGAGCUGCAUCCAGGUUUUGGUGUUAAGGGUUUAAAUUCAGCCGGAUGUUGGUGGUGAACCCUUCUGGACAGGGUCCACGUAAGAACUGAUGGACUGAUGGAAGGUUUUUGCGCUUCGAGGAACCGGUUCCUGCUCUGAACUCUGGUCAGAGGUUCUGAAAUCACCUGACUGGAAAAUGAAGCCAAAGCCGAUCCAACCCCUGCUUCCUUUACCUCAGGACUUUGACUUUGAUCAAGGACCCUCCUGAGUCCAUUCGGAUCUGAACCAUAUCUCCUGAAGGAUCCCAAGAUCCCUCUGAAUCCAGGAUCCAAAUGCUGUUUUAAUCGAGCCUCACUCUCCGAACGUCUGGAGCUCCCCACGGAGCUUGAGUUAUUGAUGGUUCAGCUCACGUUUUGGAUUUGUGUUUAAAUCACUCUGAGGUCUCAGGGGGCUUCAGUUAUGUGGAAGACUUUGGUCCUCUGAGGUGUUGCAUCCUGGGACCGAUCAUCGCCAGCCUUGGUUGAAUCCCCACGGUGGCAAAUGAGAUCGAGGAGAAGUUUGGCGGACGCGUGCUGAGCUGAUGAUGGACAGGAAAGAAGCGACAGCUCAGAAGUUCAGUCUGUCCCGCAGAAAGAAGUCCCAGCAGGGCCCCUGCUCCCCGCCCACCGAGGCCCCGGGGCCACUGUUGUACACCGGGGGCUUCAGCGGGGCCCUGCAGCUGUCGCCGCCCGCCGUCCCACCAUGCUUGCUCCGGGCUGGAUCCAAGAUGAAGGACACCCCUGGGAUGGGCAAGGUCCGCGUCAUGGUCCGAAUCUGCUCCGCCCACAGCAGCAAGUCCUCAGAUUCCACGUCCUUCUUAAAGGUGGACGGUAGGAAGAAGCACCUGACUCUCUGCGAGACAUUGAUUGUUGGACUCCCCAGCGCCCCCCAACGGCGCUUCUCUACCUCUGCAAACCAGACCUUCACCUUCGAUGCCAUCUUCUCACAGGAUGCCUCACAGGCUGAGGUGUGCUCGGGGACGGUGGCUGAGGUCAUCCAGUCAGUGGUCAACGGAGCGGAUGGUUGCAUCUUCUGCUACGGACAUGCCAACCUGGGUAAGACGUACACUAUGAUUGGCCGGGAGUGCUCCACACAGAGCCUGGGCGUGGCUCCCACAGCCAUCUCCUGGCUCUUUAAGGUGAUCGAGGAGCGGCGGGAGAAGUCUGGCGCCUGUUUCUCUGUAGGGGUGUCGGCGGUGGAGAUCUCUGGACAGGAAGAGAUGCUCAGCGACCUCCUGGCUGAACUCUCGUCCCCAGCAGGAAACCAACAGGAGUCCCGGGGACCUGCAGUGUCUCUGCAGCAAGAUCCUAUCUGUGGAUCCCAGCUGCAGAACCAAACAGAGCUUCGGGCCACCAGCGCCGAGCGGGCAGCGUUUUUCCUGGACACCGCUCUGGCAGAGAGGAGGAGCAACCGGAUGCCGAGCAGCCAGGAGGUUUGGAGGAACUCCCACUUCCUGUUUACUCUGCACCUGUACCAGGAGAGGCACGACAAGAGCAACAAGGCAGCAGCGUCCGGCCGGAGCCGUCUGCACAUACUGGAUCUCGGCAGCUGCGAGACCGACAUCAGCAGGACCAGAGAGGGAGGCGGAGCUCAGUGCCUGUCCCUGUCGGCACUGGGGAACGUCAUCCUGGCGCUCGCCAAUGGGGCUAAGCAUGUCCCCUACAGGGACAGCAAGCUCACCAUGCUGCUCAGUGAAUCGUUGGGAAACAUCAACUGUAGGACCACCAUGAUCGCCCACAUCUCCGACUCAGUGGCUAACUUCAUGGAGACACUGACCACCGUCCAGCUGGCCUCCCGUGUCCACCGCACCAGGAAGAAGAAGACCAACAACGCUUCCAGCUCCUCGGGAGGCGAGAGUUCCUGUGAGGAAGGCCCAUCCCACCGCCUGCCUCACCUCAAACCCUUCUACCCUCACACCAUGGCCCUGGACCCGGACAGGCCCCUGGUGCUCUCCAGUGAUCCUGACUACUCAUCCAGCAGCGAGCAGUCCUGUGACACAGUCAUCUACGUCGGGCCUGGAGGGGCCGCUAUCUCAGACCGAGAGCUGAGCGACAACGAGGGCCCGCCUUCUUUCGUCCCUAUCAUUCCCUCCCUAAACAAAAAGCGGAUCAAAGAUGCACCCAAGGCUGACGGCGAUCAUUUAAAGUGCAACACGUUUGCAGAGCUACAGGAGAGAUUGGACUGCAUCGAUGGCAGUGAGAGUCCAGCCACAUUCAGAGUGUCCGAAGCAGGAAAACCUCUGAGUAAACCCACAGAGGAGGCACCUACACCCAAAUCUGAUCAGAACUCCUCCCAGUGCCUCUCAGAAAGCACACCGAAACAGAUAACUAAAUGUGAUCAUAGAGAAGUCGACCUCACAAACUCUUACAAAAGGAUAAGCUCAGAUGGCAGUAAGCUCUUAGCUCCCCCAGCUCAGUCAUGUUUGGUUGGGCCAUGUGGGACAUACUCCCAGGACUCUGAGCCUGUGGUGAGAGAGAAGGUCUUCCUCAGAGGAGGUGCACUUAAGCCCCCAGCCUCCCUACCGUUAUCUAGGACAUCCAGUAUAGCAUCUGAUCCUGUAGCAGCACCAUCCAGGGCUCCCCCAGUGGGCAUGAGCUGCCAAGGCCAACCUCUUGAGUCACGGUCUCAGACCCGCGGACACCCCUUGGAAUCACGCCUAGAGCUGGACUUUCUAAGGACCACAGUCACACUACAGCAGCCCGUGGAGCUAAAUGGUGAAGACGAGCUUGUGUUCACCGUCAUCGAGGAGCUUCCCUGUGGCCUUGUUCCAGACAACGGCCGACCUACCAAUUUCCUCAACUUUGGUGCGGACUUCUCUUUGCAGGCCUCCCGCCCAGUCAGCAUCAUCAGCAGCAUCAAUGAUGAGUACGAUGCAUACAUGACUCAGCGUGAAGCUCAAGAACCUGGCAUCCAUACAUCUGGUCCAGGUCCAGAUGACUGGAAGGUCCAGUCAUCUGUUUGCUCAGCCAAACCUGAGGGCAGCCAUUUAAUGAAAACAACAUUGUUGAGGUACGAGAGCAUGGCAGCAGAGAGGGCCUCCAUGCUGACCUCCCCGAGUAUCUUCCAGCAACAUGGCCUGAAGAGCUCACUGAACGACAGUGGGGUCUGCUUCUCUGAGCUCGACAGUGAUCCCGCCACCCCCAACAAAUCUCCCUUCACAAAGCGUGACCCAUCCCCUGACUCGGCCUCCCACGAAGCCUCCCCUAAAGUGAGAGCACUCAACACUCCAGUGUCCUCCUACUCCAGUCUUCCCAGGAAAACCAAACUUAGUUCAUCUGCAUCUGUGGGCUACAGCAGACAGGAAGGCAGACACCGGGACUUUUCGGUUCAGGGAAGCGGUGUUAUUGAUCCAAGAGAGACUGAGCUUCUCUCUGCAGGUAAGCAAACAAAAAGUAGUAUGACAACUGUAUCCUCUAAAAAGUCUGGAGGAAACGGCAGCAGUGUAGCUAGGUCUCCAAAGGUGCAUGUUUCUUUAGUUCAGAGGGUUGUGGAUGGUUGUGAAAAGUCUGGCAGCAGGAGAGGAGAUACCCUCAUCAAGGUUCCACGUCUCACUCGUGGUGCAACGACUCUGGGAACCGUCUCUACCCCACAUUGUGCUGAAUCCAGAGGUACUCAUGAAGAUACAUCAGUUAUUGGAACAGUGAGGUUUUCCUCGCUUGGAAAAAAGUCCAAUGGGGCAAAGAGAAGCAUGAUCUCCAAGUCUGGAUAUGGAAACAUUUCCCCUCCUGCUCCACUUGUCAGACAGUCCAGCCAAGAGCACAAGACGAAGUCUCCAAGUGCCUUAAAAACAAGCAAUGACUCUGGAAAGUUUGUGUUCCCAAAAACCUCAGAGGAGGAAUUCUCAAUCAGGUUCAGAGCAGAUUCAUUCAGCCACAGGACAUCGCCUUUCAAGACUGACUAUAGCUUUGCCAGAAUAUCUUCCAGUUUGAAGACCAGAGGGGCCAAAGCAGAUUGUCCUAGGAAAUAUGGGAGCCUGAUGUCUUUUGAGAGAUGCAAUAGUCCAAGCUCCACAGAAUUCAAAACAGAAGUGUUGAAGGAUGACAGUUCUUCUGGAGGGGGAAACGGCAGGUGCAACAGAUCAGGAUCACGGCGUGGCUUACUAUCCUCUAGCGCUGCCUCCUCUUCCCCGACCUCUUCUACCAUAUUUACGACCGCCAGCAAAUUGGGACAGGCUCAAGGCAGCACUAGCUCUCGACCUCCUGGUUCUGGCGGACUGAAGGUCAGAACAUUAUCCACAACCAGCUCAAGGAGUCUGGCUGCUUCCUCAAAACCUCCUGAUAUUCCAGCUGGACGCAACACUGGCCUGCCUCCAUCAGGCAAGUCCCCUUCACGCGCUGGAACCGGAACCAAGGUGGGAAAAGGCACCGUCAUGGGCACAAAGCAGGCCAUCAACAGGGCAGCCAACAAUCGGGUCAGCCAGCUUGCUGCUGGUAGUUCUAGAAAGCAGCUUGGGCAGGGGUCUGGAGUAACAAGAAGUGAGGAGAUUGACAGCGGGCCGCUGCUGCCGUCACCUUACAGCAAAAUCACACCACCUCGGCGGCCGCAGCGCUAUAGCAGCGGGCACGGCAGUGACAACAGCAGUGUCCUCAGUGGGGAGCUGCCCCCUGCCAUGGGCCGCACCGCCCUCUUUUACCACAGCGGGGGCAGCAGCGGCUACGAAAGCAUGAUCCGAGACAGUGAGACGACGGGCAGCACCUCAUCAACCCACGACUCCAUGAGUGAAAGCAGUGCAUCGUCGUCCAACAGAGGCAGAGUUUCCAAGUCACCCAAAAAGAGGGGAAACGGUGGAUUUCUGCGGCGGCGACUGAUCCCGGCUCCCCUGCCGGACUCUUCCUCCCUGGGCAGAAGGGUAGGGGGUCAGUGGGUGGACCGACCAACACUGGGCGGAGCCCUGAGAGAGCCAUUUGAGAUAAAGGUGUACGAAAUCGACGAUGUGGAGCGUCUGCAGAGGAGGAGGGAGGCGGCGGCAGGGUCAGAGACAUUCCACGAUGUGGAAAAGGGUCUGCUUUAUUUCAACGGCCGGCUGAAGAUGCUGGAGAGGCGGCAGCAGAAGAUCAGAGAGCUAAAGAGCAAACACGAGCGGCUGAAGGUGGAGCUGGAAGAGGCCAAAGGGCAACUGAUGCUCCACCCGGGCAAGUGGAGCGGCGAGUUUGACGUGGCCCAGGACCUGGAGCAUGACUCCCAGGAGUACCUGGAGUCUCUGACUCAGGUGACAGCAGAGCUGGAGUACUGCGUCAACCUCUGCAAGUCCCGCAUCAUGAUGGAGACCUGCUUCGAUGUUUCCAUGACAACAGGGGCUGGACGACAGAGGAUGGAGGCGUGAAGGCUUGACAUGUUGCCCUGUAGAGAACGCUGUAGAGAACCAAAACUCCACCCGUGAAUAAAGCAACAGCAGGUUUCUGCUUUUUAUUUCCCAGAAGGACUGAUGUUUGUCACAUCACACCACGACCCUCAGGUCCUGAACCGGAUCUGGGAACACCGACGGGACAGAAGCUCUGGAAGUGCCUUUCUAUUUAUUUUCUACUGGAGCUCCUUUAUUUUCUUUGAGUUUUCUUUUUCUUGUUUACCAUAUUUUAUACGGAUCAUCUUGGUUUUUAUGGUGCUGAUCUUUAUUAUGCAACUUGAUUUAGAGGAUAAAGUUUAAAAGAUGAAAGCAGGCUUAAGUUUUAGUCAAAAAAGCAGCAGAAGAAACCUCUCAAGUGUGCUCCAUGUCAGACCACAGGUGUGUUCAUGUGCGUGCACUCUGCAGGAAGAAGAAGAAGAUGAUGUCCUCUGCUGAGUUCAAACAGGGUUUAAAGGUUAACGAGGUCCUGGAUGUGUUUUUCCAUUGUUUUAUUUACCAUGUUGGGAAUAACGUCCAAAAAAAGUAAUGUAGUUACAUAAAUACGUUUAUUGUGCAUUACUCUCACGACCUCUCAGACCUUUUGUACUUGUCAUGAUCCCAGCGACGCAUGUUACAAAGCAUUUGAC